AUGCCCAAGUUUUACCUUUCUCAAGCUGAUUAAACUAUUCAAUCAUGCCAAAAAUCAAAUUCUCAACCUCUAAGGCUUCUUCUACAUGCUUUGAUUUUAAAGCAAUGUUUAUAUUCUUAUUUUCUCAUUUAGCGCAUAACAUUAUUACUAUUUGGCACAUAGUUGACUUUCUCGUUGUUGGUCUAUUUGUUGUAAACAUAAGCACGGUAGAAUGUUAUUGUUCUAUUAUUGAUUCUCCAGUGUUAGGAAUUAUUCUUGACUGGAUAUAUAUAGGACGAUAAUGAGGAUGAUGGAUAAUGCUGAGUCCCGCAAAAUCAGCAGUAAUAGUCCUACCCCCCCCAAAAUCACCGAUGCAAAUUAACAGUCGUACGAGAUUAAUUGGAGAAUUUCUCUUAAAAUAGUCGUUACUCGUCCUUUAUUUAGCAAAGAUAGGGGACAAAUAAUUAAAUAAAAAUAUCCCAAGGAUGUAUGCAUGAUUUCAUCCCAACAGCUUCUGGGAUCCUAAUAUGCGGUUAGCACCAACGUCAUGCGGGCGUAUGCGGCGGCGCGUCCUAAUCUUGUUCCCUCUUGUGGCCAGAUCAACUUCCCCCGGUGGUGGUGCCCUGGAGAAGCCGUCUCCGUCUCCGUCUCUCUCCCUCUCUCCCUCUUCCCUUCCUCCCUUCGGACGACGACAGAGAUACGGGGCAGAGGGGGAAAGAGAGAGUGGAGAGGAGAGGACGGGGAGAUCUUCGGAGGAGAGAGAGAGGAGUCGCCGAUGGAUCGCCGUCAACAGCAUCACCUCUACCACAUCCAUGGGCAAAGCAGCAGGUACACGCCUCUCCCCCCCCGGCUGCCGCCGCUACCGCCGGCACCUACCUUCCUGGCCCGGGAUGCUACCAGGCGUGAGUCCCACGUCUCUUUGGCCUCGCAGCCUCUCCCCGCGGUAGUGCCCCCUCAGCCAACCGCCCACCACCACCACCAGCAGCUACAUCGCCGCCCCGACGACGGCAGCCUCCUGUACGUCUCCUAUACCCCCUCUUCCGGCCAUCUCCCCGACCAUAGCCGCUUCAUCCCGCCCGUCAGUCCCUCGGAGCAUAUGGUCUUCAAGGCCCCUCAGCUGCCCAUGCCUUCAAUUAGGGUUUCCGAGCGUGUCUUCUUCCAUAAUGAUCUCCGGGAUGCCCCGCGGUUACAUCAGGACCACUGCCGCUCCGUUGGCGAUGUGUUUAUCCAAAACGACGUCAAGCGGGAGAGAGUCGGAGUGUUCGAGGAGGGACGAGGGUUCCACCAUGACGGGUGGCGGGGAUAUGAUGCCAUGGAGUUGAGAGAGGUUGGAGACGUGUCAAGAAAGGUUGGAAAUUCGGGUAGGAAGAGGCCCCGAUGGGAGGAAGAAUUUGCUCUAGGGAAGGGCUCUUUCUUGGGCCUAAUUGAAGAUAAGGAACAGAGAAGAAUCGAUUCAGGGGCAUCUGUCAGUUGGCGUUGUCGCGAUCCCUGCGAUGAUCUCCGGCGAGGGGAUGCCGAUUCUUCUCUUCGAUCCUCGUACAUUCUUGCAGCGGAGCAAGGAGAUGCAGCUCCUUCCCUCCCUCGCCUGUUGUCAGAGGUUACAUCUUCUGCUGGCCAUUCUCGUUCCAAGAUGGAGAUGAUAAGGACUAGCUUGACGACGGAAUCCCGAAAUCUAGAUUUGAAUGGAAAUUACAUCAUUAAAGAGAAUCAUUUCACCAGUAGAGGCCAUUAUGAUAGGUUUCGGUGGGAAGAAGGGGUUCAUUCUCUUCCGAGGAGAUCACCACAGCAGAAGCCCAGCAUUCUAUCCAGACUUCAAUUCGGGAAACCCAACUGGAAAAGGAAACGUGGACACAAGAUGAAGUCAGCUGCCUCGCCUUUGCUUGAUUACCAGCCUUCAGCAUCUUCUGAGUUCAGCCAGAGCAGGAUGGAUGACUCCGUGGAGCUUGACGUCUCGUUCAAAUCUAAUGUGGUACUGGCCAAGGAAAUUGCAGCUACCCCGCUUCCAUCCAUGCCAAAUCUGAUAACUGGAGAAGCUCUCUGCACUGGGAGAAAUGUGGCUUGGGAUGCAUCAGCCUUCUCAGGUACUGCCACCCCCAGGAACCUUGACGGUGAAGCUGCUGCCACAGGAACUCAUAAGUUGAAGGAUGUUGGAAAUAUCUCUGCAAACCUGAAUCCAGAGAUAAAGCCAAACAAACAGAGGAGACCCAAGAACAAUGUGAAGAACAGGGUUUCUCUCUCAUCGAGCGGCACAGUGAAGAGUCUUGAUAAAAAGCUCGACAGCCCGAGAACCUCUAGAAACAGAGUGGGAAAUAUGACGAUGAGCCCAUCAGACGUUGCACAGAACUCUGCUAAUCUAAUGGGUGAUAAGCUUGCAUCUCCCCAAAAUGUUGAUGUGUCUAAAUGUAACAUUCAGAGGAAUAUGGAAAAGGAAAUCCUGGUUGGGAAAGUCAAGGCCACUGGAAAACCUACUCCAACAAUCUGCAAGAAUCGUUCCCAAGGGAUGACGAUUGCUGAAAAAUGUCCUGAGGAAAAAAUGACUGCAGUUACCAUAAUUAAUUCCUCUGAUGCUGAGUUAACUAUUGGUGAAAAUGUUUCUGGCUCAAGAAUCACCAUGAAGAAGGUGAAAAAGGGUACCUUGGUCACUGAGAAGGCUGCCUCUAAGAAAAAAGUGUUGGAGAAGAUCUUGGACACAUCAGUCUCUGUAGUUGAGUGUGUUGAGGGUGAAAACGUUAUGGAAAUAUCUAAUGGAAAAGCAAUUGACGAAUUUGAUCCAUCAAGAAGUGUGGUGAAGUCUGAUGAGUUGAUUUCUACAAGUGCAACAAGUACACUGAAGAAGAAAGUUCCCAAGGGAAAUAAGAAAAAGAAACUCGCUGCUUCUGUUGCUCCUUUAGUUGGUGUGGAUCAGUUGAAUGAGAUUUGCAAGGGCCAAGCAUCAUCCCAUGAUUCUGCUAAGGAAAUAGAGCCUUUGAAGGAAACUGGACAUGAGUCAAUAUCAAGUUCCCAUUUGAAGCAGAACCAUCUGGAAGAUGGGAAAAAUAAUAUCAAAUCUUCUGAAACAACUAAGGUGUUGUCGGCUCCAGAUUCUUCAAGCAUAAUCUUGAAAAAUUUGGAAGAUAGUCGUGUAAACGUUCUAUCACACUCUUCUGAUCGGAAGGACUCUGCAUCAGUGGGAUUACUAGACGGGAAAGUGAUGGGGAGAAGGGAUAUGGAAGAGGACACUCUUUUUCCAUCUUUGCUUGAUUCUCAUCCAACGCAACAAAUUUGUGAAAUACUCUCGGCAAACAGUCCUUUCAAGGAUCCAGUGCAAUCCCAAGAACUCCACUGGGGAUCAUCAUCAAAUUCCACAAGUAAUGGUCAUAACUUUAUGGAAGUGCAUGAUAAUACCCUACGAAAUGAAGUCUACCAGGAGAGCCUUGAAGAAGCAAAAGUCCACUCUGGUCCUGAGUCAGCUUCUGAUUGUGAGGAUAAAGGGCAUUUAGUUGGUGCUCGUAAUGGUUCAAUGCAGACUCCCACUCACACGGAUGCGAUGUUUCAGGGGAAAGGUCAGGAGGUGAUUACUUUGACCAGUCCUCUCUGUGGUUCAACUCAUCCAGUCUUAUUGAAGAAAGCAGAAACUUCCGUUGCUGUUAGGCCGAGUUUAAUGUUUUCUUCUCAAGGAACAAUGGCACUAGAACACCUUGAAGUUACCAAAGCAACAUCACCUUCAAAUGACGUAGUUCCAAUAAGAGCUGAUAUUAUAAAAGGUACCAGUAAGGUAAAUUCUGCUGUAGGAGCGGUUGAGAGCAGGGGAAGCCUGGACCAAUGUGAGGAUGCUGGGGGAGAAGACAACAUAACCUGUAGAGAGAGCUCUGAAAGUAGUAUUCAUUUAUCUGAUCCCUGUGUGAUUUCUUCUCCAGAUACCGUGUAUGGUAGGAAAGUGGAGGAAUUAGCUAUGAAUUUCCAUGACAGAGAAAAUUCUCUGAAUGCUAGUGUAGCGACAGGAGAGAUGGAAAAGAUGGGCACAGGUGUGCAUGUGUUGCCCAUUCAAGCUCAGGAUAGAAUUUUGGAUCCCAGCUUGCUGAUGGUAGUGAAUGGAUGUGAAGCUAAUGGUCUCCAUCUGCGAAUUGAGGAUGUAGUUCCUCAAUCCACCAAUUCAAUGGCUCAGCAGGUUCAUUGUUCGGUUGACAGUAUAACAGCUGGACAUGUUGAUGAGGGGGUGCAACCUUUUGCACUUGCUGCCUCUGAAAAUGGUUCUCCUAUGAGAGAAGAAUUGUGCCUGAAAGAAUUGGGACAGGCAUUUUGUGAUCCCCUAGAUGACAUUAAUAAUCACCAUGGUAGCACUGUUGAAAAAAUGGAAGAGGAAUCUAUGAGAAGAAAUGAUUCCCUGUUUGAUCCCAAGGCAUCUGAAUCAGAAGCUAGAGACAGGGGGAACUCAGAUGCAUUAUUUUCUGAGAAGACACAGCCUCAGCCUACAAGGGAGAUAGAAAAGCAUUUAAGUUCUAGUCAUUGUGCAACAGGUAAAGAAAGGUUAACCAGUAGGAAAGUGGGUCAGAAGCCUGGAAUGUCAAAGAUGUAUCCCCGCCAGACAAGUCAAAGUGCAAGGUCUUUCAAGAAACCUCCAUCCAACAGUACAAGACACAAUACAUGGCACCGAACUGAAAACCUUGCUGUCUCAAUAGCUCCCGGGAAGCUGAAGUGGCCAAGUGGUCCUUCCUUGCCACGGCAAUCACCUAAGAAGCUCACAAAGAUUCACAGUUCCUAUAUACGCAAAGGCAAUAGCCUCAUAAGAAAAUCACCAUCAGUCAUCCCUUCAUCGCAUUCAUAUUUUGCGCAAUCUGCCUUGAAGCAAAUAACUGGGCCUGAAAAAAGUAAAAAUAUCAGCAUUGAGGAUAAGGUUGACAGUAUGGAUAGAUUAAACAUUAAGAGUGCAGGGACCAUGAGCAGUUUUCUGGAAAGGCCCAAAACACCUCCUUUGCCUCUCAACAGCAAGUUAGCCUAUCCUUCUUUGAGUUGCUCUCGUGUACUGAUGGAGGAUCCUCCUUGUGAACCUGGCACAGAAGAACUUGCCUCUUCAUCUGCUGAGACUCAACAUUUUGAAGUAAAAGAAGAGAAUCGCACCAACAUUGUGGCUGCAAAUGCUAGCAUUUUAUUUGAAAAGGAAACGGCACAAAUAAAGCAUAGCUCAAGUCAGUUGGCUCUUGCUGCAGGGACUGAUGCCAAUAGUGCAUCCGUUCAUACAACUGAGGAUCCAGCAUUAUCUCUGAGACCCCUUGUCUUCCAUUAUAGGAGGAACAGAAACAAACUAAUUCGGGACACGUCAUCCUCAGACAGUGAUGCACAGAAGUUCCAUGGAUCUUCCAAAAUGGCUUCCUUGAAGAUUGGUGCCAAAGAGUCUUGUAAAACUAGACUUGAAAGAGGUUUGUGUUUUGUUCCUCAUCCUUCUUUGAGGUUUAACGAUUUCUUUGGCUCAUCCUUCUUCAUAUAGGAGGGCUUCUGAUACUUUUUUCAUGUUUUUUUCCUUUAGUUGUGUAUGUUUGAGUACCUUGAUGUACAUUAUCACAAUCCUGUAAAUUAUUUAGUUUUAAUAGAAAAAUUCUUCUUAAAACAUUCCCUAAUAUUCGAUUAAAUCUCUAAUGAGGUGAUAUCCUUGUAGUGAUGGCAAAGACGUAUAAAUCAUCAAGAUUUUCUCUUGUUUGGACAUUGAAUGGGAAACAGUCGGAAAAUACUGGAGGUUCUAAUCUCUUGAAGCAUCGGAAGGUUCUGCCCUACCUUUUUCCAUGGAAAAGGACUGCAUACUGUGGUAGUGUUUUUGCUAAGGGUUCAUAUUUGGAUAAGCAUCCCUCAUUAUUGGUCAGGUAUGUGGUUUUUUGAGAAGUUUUUUUUUUUGGUCCUUCCAUCAGUAGUCUACGUAUGUUAUUUUCUUAAGUUUAUUGUGAUCUGUAUAUUGCUGUGCCUCUUUCAAUAGAAAGUUGCGGCUCUUGAGACAGAAGAAUGCCGGUUAUACAAUAUCAAAUAAUGGAUUUUCUCUAAAAAUGUCUGGGGUGCGAAAUAUUGGUGGGUCUAGCUUGAAAUGGUCUAAGUCCAUGGAGAAGCGCUCAAGGAAGACCAGUGAGGUCAGCAGGUUUUUGUGGCUUACUUUUUCAAUAGAUUUUCCCUUUCUCUUGUUCUGUUAACAGAAACUGUUUUAGGUCCCAUCUGCAACAAAUAUGCUGCUGUUGAAUGAUCUCUUGUUUCUCUUUCAUUUUUACUUUUUUUGUUCUUCUGAGCAUCUGGGACGUACGAAGGUGUGUUAGGGCUUUUCUUACAGCAAGAUGAGGCGGCUGGCUAAUUGAUUAACAUAGUUCGACUAAAAAAUGUGUGUGAAUUAAUGGAUGUACUAUUAGCUGAAAUGGAAAGAUGUGGGUAGCUUUAUCCAUAAUUUUUUAUAAUAUACUAGGGUCCGUACUCUGCACCAAUUAUUAUGUUGCAACCAUAAUUCAAAGAAUUUUCUAUAAUUUUUGCGAAAAAUUUGUAGAACUUUUUAUAAAUAUAUCUUUUAAAAUGAUUUUUUUGUUUCUAUAAUUUCAUUUUAGCUAGUGAAAUGUUUUAAUUCCGUGCUUUUUUCCAGUAGCGUAUAUUAUUAAGAAAUUUAUGAACACAUUUGUUGUCUCUGGAACCAUGAGGGUUUGUGCAAAGAAAGAUCAAAUUUAUCCUUGGGGCAGAAAACAGGAUUGUACUCUUUGAGUAUUCACCACAAGUCCAAUGAGACAAAGUAUGAAACAUUCACUAUGAACUCACUAUUUUGCAUCCCUUUAUUUGACCUUUUGUGUGGUUCAAACUUUAUGCAUUUAUCUUUGAGAUUUAACUGUUCUUCUCACGAUUGAAACUCAUUUUUUCUGUUAAGGGUCCAUAAUAAAUUUUGGGACAAUUUCUCUUAUUUGACGUUUAUUACCUUUUUUCACAUGUACCAAUUUCUCUUGCAUUAUGAACUCUGUUUUUCAUCUUGACGGGAUGUUCAAGUAGCUUAUAAGUCAUUACUGUGAUGAAACAUCUGAAACGGCAUUUUUAUUUUGAGCUAAACGUUCUCUUUGAUUUGUCGAGUAUUGGUAAAUACUGAGGUCUUUAUUUCAGGAAGUGGCAUCAGCCAUCGUAGAACAUGAGAGGAAGAAAAGGAAGCAAAAAGGGACAGCUUUUACUGAUGCUAUUGUGAAAAAAGAAAAUAGUUCGCAGUGUAAGUCAGCUUUUGGUAUUCAGCUCUGCCAACAUAGGGCAAGUGAUAACCUUGUCUUCAUGAGUAAUAACUGUCUUUCCCUUAAACUUCUGUUGCAAUCUUGGAGUUUUUUUUCUUGUGGGUUCUCCAACUUAUUUGAGGACCUGAAAUGGUAAGACUUUCUACCAAGGACAUCCCCGACUAGAAUACUGACGGGAUUUUGUGUCAUUGCCAGGUGAACGUAUUUUUUGUGUUGGUGCCAUCCACUACAAAAUGGAUCCAUCUAGGCGUACUUUAGUUAGAAUACCAGGUGGCUUUUCAUCACCGAUCAAAGUAUUCAUUCAAAUUGUAACCAGCUAGUUCUGAUGUAAAUGUGUAGGUCUUGUAGUUGUUUUGUUUUUUGACAAUCAUGCUUUGAAGUGCAGAAUUUAUUUCAUGUUCUUGACCUUCCCUACUGGUGCUAUUUUAAUUAGGGAUACUUGCCACUGUCAAUAAGCUGUUAUUGUUUUUUUUUUGAUCUCGACAUUUUGGGCGGGAAUUCCUUUUUUCUCUUGACGGGGUGAGGAUGAUUCAUUUAUUUCUAUUUCCUUGCCUGAAAGGGUGUCCUCUUCCUUCGCAAGUGCCUUGCCAGUAUUUUUUGGAUGAUCUUGAAUAAGUAAUUGUAACAAAUGCGAUAUCUCUAGGUUCUGUUGUAGUAUACGCAAUGUGGCAUUGUAACUUAUUUCAAGUUGUCAGAGAAUGUGUAACUUGUCAUAACACAACGGAUUAUCCUGCAUAACUUUUGAUUGAGGUUGUUAUGUUUUGAGCAAACCAUGUUGUUGAUAUAGUAAAUCUUCAUUGAAUAUGGUCUAAUUGUACGAUAAAGAGAACAACCAAGGGCUCGUAGAAUUGACAUACCAUGCACAUCUAAUUGCCUUGAUUGGUCAAUCUUUUUUCCGUCUGGCUAUUUACAAUCGUGCCCAUAACAGUACAUUUUGUAUUUAAAUUCGUAGAAAUAAGCAUCAAUGUAUGUGACUCUAUCCAGGUCAUAUUUUUUCAGACACUUUGCAUUUAGAAUGGUUUGUUUUUUUAUGAAAAAGAUAUCUUCAUGAUAGUUGACUGGCAAAAUUAAAAAGUAAUUGUUAAUAUCAAUAUAUAUUUCAAUUCCUGCGCUUGGAGAUGAAGCUUACAACGUAAACAGUUGUAAAAAACCUGGGGAACAUAAAUUUCUUGGUCUGUCAACGAGGAAGACUUCAGACCUUUUGCUUCUUUGCUAAUUUGCCUCAUCUAUUGUCUAGUGCUCGUUUUCGAUAUACAAAGUGCUGUGUUUUUUGAAUGUCUUACAACUUGUGGAAUUGCCUGUGAGAGUUCAGAUUUAAUUCCCAGAUGUGAGCAGAAAAGCAGACUAAAUACAUUUGAUUGGCUCCUAGGCCAUACUUUUUCGCUAAUCUAUCCAUCUGGGAACUGAGAAGUAGAUUAAAUACCACCUUGGCACUUUAAACUUCAGGACUAGUUUGAUUUUAUAAUUGUGCUUGCAGCAGAUGAGCAAACACCUGUGGCUGCUAAGAGACAGCCUGUACUUGGUAGGAAGAUGUCUAUUGUGCCAAGGAGAUUGUCAAUUGGCAAUGACGAGUAUGUUGCUUACCCCCAGCCGACACUAGCCCAUACACCCCAUCCAACGUUUCCCAUUUGUUUAAGUACUUGAUUCGCUAUAAUCUUGGCAGAUAUGUUCGAGUUGGCAAUGGUAAUCAGCUUGUCCGAGAUCCAAAAAAACUUGUUCGCAUUUUGGCAAAUGAAAAGAUCCGGUGGAGUUUACACACUGCCAGGUUACGAUCCAUCAGGAAACAACGGUAUUGUCAAUUCUUUACUCGAUUUGGUAGGUGCAACAAGGAAGAAGGAAAAUGCCCAUAUAUCCAUGACCCAACAAAAGUUGCUAUUUGCACGAAGUUCUUAAAAGGGUUGUGCUCGAGCCCCAACUGCAAACUAACUCAUAAGGUUAAUAGCAUCUGAUUUGUCUCUCUUCUUUUUAUCCUUCUCAUAGAUGCAGUUUUUGACGUAUGUAUUUUAUAUUUUUUAUUGUAGGUCAUUCCAGAAAGAAUGCCGGAUUGCUCUUAUUUUUUGGAAGGUUACUUUCUCUUAUUUGUUUUGGCAACAUAUAUUGCUGUUUUAUAUAUUUCUUCUGAUGAGAAUGAAAGUAGUGACCCAUAGACGUUCCAUACUGUUCACAGGGCUAUGUACCAAUACCAAUUGUCCAUAUAGACAUGUAAAUGUGAAUUCCAAAGCUUCUGUUUGCGAAGGCUUCCUCAGGGGCUACUGCAGGGAUGGUGAUGAGGUAUGCUUUGAUUUUGAGGGCUCUCUAAAUAAAUUCUACGUGUGUUGUUCAUUUGGGUCGUUUCUUAGGCACCAUAAAGAUGAAUACUUAUCCUUUUGUUUCAUCUUUUUUGCAUCUUUUCACAUCUCUGCAAUAUUUUCUUACUGGAAAUAAUUUUGUUAUUUAAAUAUUUUGAUAGUCUGUUUAAGUUUGGUGAUUUUUUUGCCAAGUUUUUUUUUUCAGUAUGAUGCUUCUUGCUUUAUCUCAGAAUGCGAAAAGAAUGUUGCUUUCAGUUCAUACGAGUUGGUAACAUAACAGAAAGAGUUGGACGAUUUUACAAACACUUUUCUCAGAGCUCAGCCUGUCCUAUUACUUGUCCUCUGCCAUACAUGCUGUCGUGGAAAGUUCCAUAUAAAAUUUUGAGCCACCUGGAGAUCUCUUCUAUGCUACAGAUGGGGAAUGAUUAUGUGAUCCUUAGUCUCAAGUUCAUUAGCUGUUUUCUGGCAAUCUUGGCAGUUGAUACACACCGUGUAUCAUACUGUCAGUGUUACAUGUUUGGCAAUGAGUCCUCUAGUCCAAAUAAAGUUUAAAUAAUUGUGGGCUGAAUAAUGCGGACUGAGCUAUUUACUGGAACAAAGGUCAACUCUUACCAAAAUGAUAUGAAUAAACAGGUAUUUGUCUCAGUGAAAAACUUAAUUGCAUAUACAAAAAAGUUCGGGAUCAUGGCUUCAUUUUCAGAAGAUCUCUGUGAGUCAUGAUUUCCUACAUAGAAAUAAGGCCAGUGGAGCAGUAGAGAUAUGAUUCCAAGUACAUGAAUAUGUGACUGACGACCUGGAGUCCUUUGACGUACAAAUAUUCAUGGGUAACUACACAUCUAGUUCCCUUCAAACCCGGUAGGUUUCUUACUGUGUUAUCUCUGCAUUUUUUUGAUUUGCCGUUUUCAGAAAAAUGCUUUAAGUUGGAGCCAGAAGAUGGAAGAACGUGAAAUUCAAGGACUUUAUAAACUUUUCAAACGGUAGCUCUUAGGAAAUGUUGAUUUUUGAAUGGAACGCAAAAUGAUAUUGUUCAUGCCCAUAUAAAGCUGAAGAACUGGAUCACUUGAAGCUCACAUUCUGUCAGUCAACAUAGCAAUAUUGAUCAAAUCGACCCAAUGCUGCACCAAUUCAAGAGAUAUUUGUGUUUUGCUGCCUGAAAGCUGGCUGCCAGACGAAGUUGGAGCUCCAAGCUCAUGGCUGAUGCAUUAGAUCCUGUUGUUUGUGGUGUGCCGGAUAAUAGAAAUCACGAGAAGAAAUGCUAGAAAAUAUGUUUGUGAGAGCCUCUAAUUAAAAUAUUAAAUCUUCCAAAGUUAUAGUUUAAAAGUUGCGUGAUGGCUCUGGAUGUAGUUGCCAUAUCAAGGCAUUCUGAACAAUCUCUUUUUAUUACCUUGAUCAAACAUCUGGCGUUACCAUGAGCAGCUUCAGCGGUGAUUGUGUUAUGAUUGAUGUUGGACGUAGGGAUUGUAGAAGAUAGAAUAAACCUGGCUAUUAUCCGAUUCAUGGCUAUUGUGUUAUCUUAGCUGGCUACUAUAUUAUCUUAGCUUCUUUAUGUUUUCCUUUGUCUUUUCUUGUUUGUCGUGUCCCAGGUCAACGGAUAGCCAGAAAAACAGAAGGAAGAGAUAAAAUAUGACCUUCACAAUAAUCGCUCUAAUGGAAAAUUAAGAGUUAUCUUAUUCUGAUGGAUCUGCUGGUUACUCUUGUUGAAUGCCUCAACAGGUUUUACAAGAAUAAUAGUUCUCUACUGAUCCACAUCAUGUCAACAGAGCAUACGAAGCUUCAAGCCUCAGUUAGCCUGGAACUUCUAGUCUUUAUCUUUUUAACAAAAGAAAAGAACCUAGCGCCUUAUUAAAACCACGAGAAAUGAACAUGAUAAAUAUUCUGUGGCCAUGCAUACCACUUUAACAUGGACUAUUUGCAACAUGUGACCUCCACAGGUGUGGAUUCAUUGCUCUAGCAUCUGAUGAUCUAGCAUAAUGGUGGACUUGUUUGACGCAUCUUCUCUCAGUUGUUUAUCAUCCGAUUCAUAUUUGAAGGACUGGAGUCGGACGUGUACAUUUAGGAUUGUUUUGUUUACAAAACAUGACAAGGAAAAAUCUUAUGUGAUACGAUAUCAUAUGUGGUAUACUAGGGUAAUGCGUAGGUCACUGCUGUUCUAUAGGAUAAUAAGAGAGUGGAGGAGCCCUACUCUUCAAAAUCUUAUAGCCAAUAUUUCAAAUGAAGCAAAUCAAAGACUAGUGUGGUAGAUCUACUUCUGAGGAGGCUUCUGUCUGAUAGUUUUUUUACAAAACACGACAAGGAAAAAUCUUUUCGUUUAUACUUAACCACCCUGCUGUAUUCCAAGUCAGACUAAAAUAUUUUGAAUUUUUGGAUACCAAUGAGAUGCUAAUGCCAAUUUUACCUUAUGCGUUUCUGAUUAUAUGUCUGGACUGAAUUAACUGUUGGGUGGUUCUAUCUUUCUACCUAUCCUCGCUUUCAAAGUAAGGAAGGAUAGUGGCCUUUGACACUGCAACGUAAGAAUCCUGGAGUAGUUCUCUUAUAACUGAAUUGUGCAGUUGUUCUCUUGAAUCUGUAAUGAAGGCCAAAUCAAAACUAAUGUCCUCAUUCAGCUUUGGCAAUUCUUGCUUUGUACCCAGUGAAUAUGAUUUAAAACACAUUUGUUUCUUCCUUUCUUCAUAUGCUGUUGCGUUCCUAUUGUAGGUUCCUGAACUGUAGUAAUUCCAAUCUUUUACUUUUUCUGAAAAGAAUAUCACUUUCUUCUUGAACCCAUGAAUGGCGCCUUAUACUGACAUAACAUACCUUGGAAAUGUUAUCUGUUUUGAGACUAUUCUAUAAAAAAACAUUUGUAAAAUAAAAGUAGACAGUAAAAUUCAUGGCCCUCCACAAUAUAAUAUGAGCUCAUUGGGCCCAUAUUCUAAAUGACUCACUGACUUAAGGUAACCUGGAUCUACUGAGUCCUUUUUCUAACAGAUUCACUAACAGUGUUCAAAUAGAUUGCACAAUCAUCAAGUACUUUUGUCUAAGCUGAUGGCAUAGACAAGUAGCUACUUUCUUAAGCUUGAAAGGGUGGCCUGACAUCUUGAGAAUUUAUUUUAUUCCGUUCUUUGAUCGGAAGGAGAAGUGCGUUCGAAAUCAUUGUGAAGGAUACUCUUGAAUGUGAGUACUUCUGAUGGCCUCAUGCAUUUCUGCAUAGCUCCCCAAAUUAACAUUGCUGCCGGUUACUGCUUCAAUUAUGGUGCUGCAAUGAUGUCAACCUUCAUUCUGUUUAAUGAAGCUCUUCAGGCUUCCUGCACAAUGAAUUGUUUGACAGGGAAUUCGGUAAUGAGUUCCUGGUCAGGAUGGGAGCUUAAGACUUCUUUUGAUGUCAUAAAAGAGAAUAUCCUAUAUCAUCAAAGGAUGACUCCACUAUCAUACAUCAUCGCUCAUGUUUCUUUUAAAAACCUGAAUUCUUCUUUCAUAUGAUUGGUUUUGAUUUCCUUUGGAGAUUCAGAUUAUGAUAUCCUAGUCCAGAACAUAGUACCCAGCUUUUGUUGUAGGACGUCUUUAUAAGAGUCAAUUAGAGAUGACCUUGAACUUUGGUAAUUAUUUGAACAAUGGCAUGUUUCUGUUCCUCACAAUUGCAUCCUUUACAUAAAAUAGUAAGCCCAAUCCCUUGCCACUGACAGAUGAUGAUCCUUAUCAGAAACACUAUGUUGAAGUCAGUUUAUUAUAGUUGAAGUCAGUCCACAUCUUCAGAGAUCAGGUCUUGGUUGUGUGGAAGGUUUCUUUUUUUUUUAGGAACCGAAUUGCCUCCCCUUUCUUUUCUUCGUGCAGUGUCGCAAGAAGCACAGCUACGUAUGCCCUCAGUUUGAGGUUUCUGGGAGGUGCCCCUGGGGACCUGCGUGCAAGCUCCAUCAUCCGGGUUGGGCAAAUAAGAAAGCGAGCCGUCUGCAGAAGAAGAAGCGGGCCCAGACUGACAAUCACACCCAAGGCCGCUACUUUGGUGGGGUUGCCGAUGAGGUUGAUGCACUUCGAUCAUUACCCCUGAGUGUGGGAUCAGAGGCCAAGGGAGUAGGAGACAUCUUCUUCCAGGGAGGCCGAUUUGCAGAUUAUAUCAGUCUAGAUGAUAAUGAUGAUGGCGACGAUGAUGAUAAUGAUGGAGUUCCUCUGGGUUCCCUCUCAGUCUCAAAGGAGUUGUACUUGCGUGGUCCACUGUCAAAUGAUGCCGAUGUUCUCAUCAAGCCACUCCGUAUUAUGAACAGAUGAGAUUAUUUCUUUUGCUUCUUGCCCUUCUCUCUUUUCCUUCUGAUUUUCUUUGGGAGGAUGUUCUCUGUAUGUGCCUGUCCGCUGUACGUUGGCAGAGAGCAGUUUCCCAUGCUUGUGGCUGUUGAGUGCCGGCUGAAUGUAAAUUGAGAAGAGAAUGUAUUCUGCUCACAUUUUUAUUCUUUGGGAGAAAACUGAUAAAUAUAAUAGAUAUGAUUGGCCCCCCUCCGCUCCUCUCUCUCUCUCUCUCUCUCACUCAAAAACACACAGAUGUCAUUUUAUUGACUAGCCAUAUAAAACAGGUCUAUGUCAUGUCUUUUGGUGAAAUGCCUCUGUCGUAGAGUCUCCCACCUUGGGCUAAGGCAUAGCUGUCACGAGUAGGGGAGCUGUUAGAGCAUGUGAGAGUGAGAGAAAAAAUACUUCAUACAUUUUAAGUCAGGGUUUGUGACCUUUUUAAUACAUGAGUCUUGACUAUUAGAUUUAUGUUGGGUAUAAGUGACUAUUAGAUUUAUGUUGGGUAUUAGAUUUAUGUUAGCCCAAUAUCACUUAUUCUAACACUCUCCCUUAAGUUGGGGAAUGAAUAUCUUCCAUCCCCAACUUACCUAACAAUCUUCCCAUAAUAGGUCCAUGUAAUCUUUUGGUGAAGAUGUUUGCACAUUAUUUCUCAGACUUGACAUAUUGAUUAGUAAGAAUCCCAUUUGCUAUCUUCUCUUUGAUGAAAUGAUGAUCCAUCUCUAUGUGCUUCGUUCAAUUGUGAUAUAUUGGAUUGUGAGUAAUAUUUGUAGCUGACUUGUUGUCAUAGAAGAAUUUGGUAGGUGAAUCAUAUUAGAUCUUAAGGUCUUCUAAAAUCUCUUUGAUCCAUAAUACUUCAUAGACUCUUUGUGCCAUUACUUGAAGUUCAGAUUCUGCACUAGAUUUUGAAAUCACUUGUUGCUUCUUGCUACACCAUGUGAUAAGGUUUCCUCCUAAAGAAUGAAUAAUAUCUUAAAAUAGAUCGUCUGUCUACAAUAGAACCUGUAUAGUCAACAUCAAUGAAUAUUUCCACAUUAGUAUGCCCUUGUGGUUGAAAUAACAUGCUGUAACUUGGUGUACCCUUUAAAUAAAGAAGUACUCAUCUUGACGCUACAUUAUGUACUUCUCUAGGAUCAUGCGUAAAUUGACUCAAUAAUCUUAUCAUAUAAGUAAUAUCUGAUUGAGUGUGAAAUAAAUAAAUUAAUUUACCAAUCAACCUCUGAUAUCUUCCUCUAUCAACUAGUGAACUGUCUUCACCUUGACCUAAUUUUCUAUCAGGGUCAAUGGGAGUGGUUUUCAGUUUACUAUCAUUAG